AUGGCUAAUUCUGUUUAUGGUGAAACUGGUUAUCUCUUUUUUCCAUUCUAUCGAAAGACAAUUGCAUCAUCCGUCACUGCAUUCUCACGUGAAACUAUUAAAAAAGUAAUUACUUUCUUGGAAUCAAAACAAUGCAAUAUCAUAUAUAGUGAUACCAAUUCGGUCUUCUUUACAAUUCCAGAAACUCAUUUCUCUGAAAUCGACUCUCUCUAUUCUCAUAACAAACAACUUCACUAUUCGGAAUCUAUAAAAAAAUCUAUAGAAUUCACAAAACAAAUCACACCUGUGGUCAACUCUUUUAUAGAGCAAGAAACUGGUCUUCUUUUUAUUACCAUGGCAUAUAAAAAAGUUCUUCAUCCUUCUCUUUUUCUCCACAAAAAACAAUAUG